GUUUUAGCGAUUGUGAAAAACUAGUUUGGAUGGCACGUUCACCUGCGCUCAGGUGGAGGCGCUGUCGGGUCGCGCGAGGGGUCGGUGAGGCGGAGCGCGAGACAAACUCACACAAGCGGCCGUUCAUUUAGUCAUUAAACCGAGAAACUCACUGACAGUCGCCGUCACCUGCCGAGCCGUGUGUGUUUGCGCUUCUGCCAUGCGGUAAAAGCGGGGAGAAACACAGAAACAGUGGAGGAUCUGUGAGCGCAAUGCAAAGUCCAGACAUGAACGGAUACACCGGAGUCACAGCGCAGUCCUCACAGAUGAACAUAGAUGCACUGUCUCCAGAUGUUCCUGCCAAAAGGUUGGGUGGUAAAGCUCUGUACGAACAUAGGAAGAACUACACCAAAAACAGCAUCAACAGCCUGACGGACACGUCACAGUACCAUGUGGAGCAUCUGUCCACGUUUGUGAUGGACCGCAAGGAGGCCAUGCUGACCAUCGAGGACGGCAUCAGAAAGCUGCGUCUGCUGGACGCUAAAGGAAAGGUUUGGACGCAGGACAUGAUCCUGCAGGUGGACGGGAAAGCCGUCAGCCUCAUCGACCACGACAGCAAGAACGAGCUGGAGAACUUUCCUCUGGGCUCAAUCCAGCACUGUCAGGCCGUGAUGAACGCCUGCAGCUACGACUCCAUCCUGGCGCUGGUGUGUAAGGAGUCCAGCCAGGGCAAACCGGACCUGCACCUGUUCCAGUGCGACGACAUCAAGGCCAAUUUGAUCCACGUGGACAUCGAGAGCGCCGUCAGCGACCACAAGGGCGGGAAGGCCAAGAAGCGUCCGGAGGUGCUGAAAAUGAUUCUGAAGAGUGACGGAACUAUCCCUCCGCCCCCAGGAGGCCCCGCCCCCAAGCCUCCAGGAGCUAUCAAUCAAGCGGACGCCAAGAGCCGAGUGGCCAGUUGGUCUGCGUGGACCAAUGAGCAGCAGGAGCAUGAUCCACAGAGACAUUACACAGAGCUGGAAGACUCUCCUGAAAUGAGCGCAGCUCAAGUGGACAGAGAUGUGCAAAUCCUCAAUCACAUUCUGGAUGACAUCGAAUACUUCGUCACCAAACUGCAGAAAGCCGCCGAGGCCUUUAAUGAGCUCUCCAAACGCAAGAAAACCAAGAAGAGCAAAAAGAGAGGACCGGGAGAGGGGGUUUUGACGCUGAGAGCUAAACCUCCGUCUCAGGACGAGUUUAUCGACUGUUUCCAGAAGUUCAAACACGCCUUCAACCUGCUGGGGAAGUUGAAGAACCACAUUCAGAACCCCAGCGCUGUAGAUCUGGUCCACUUCCUGUUCAAUCCUCUCAGACUGGUGAUCCAGACGUCUGGAGGGGUGGAUCUGGCUAAAAGCGUGAUCGUUCCUCUCCUCACCAGAGAAGCCAUUGACUUCCUGCACGCGGCGGGUUCGGCGGAGGAGAGACACCUGUGGGUCACACUGGGAGAUGGAUGGACCAAAUGCAGGUUGGAGUGGCCGAAGGAUCACCCGUUUCCUCCGCACACGCUGUGUUUCCGGGACGGCUGGGAGCCGCCGGUGCUGGUGUCUCGUGAGCAAGACGUGGCUCAGCUGGCGGAUAGGCUCGGCGCGGCGCAGACCGAGGUUCAGAGACCUGUGGACCAGCCGGUGGUCCAGGACUUCCCCGGCGCAGACGGGUACGGCUACAGUAACACUUCUUACAAGCGUUUGCACCUGCUGGAGCCAGACAUGGCCGUGGCUGCUUUUAAACACGCGGUCAGCCGUCAUGUAGAUAGGAACCUGGAGGCUCACGGCCGGAUGCAGAGAAACUUUGCCAAAUCCAGAUAUGACUUCGUGGCCAGAAACAACACUGAACUGUCUGUGAUGAAAGACGAGGUGGUGGAGGUGCUGGAUGACAGGAAGCAGUGGUGGAAGGUGCGUAACGGGAUGGGCGCUUCGGGAUACGUGCCAAACAACAUUCUGGAGAUCAGCAGAGCGGUGGACCUGACGGGCCGCGGGGAGCCCAUCUACAGCCACACCAUACAGCUAAUGAUGCCAAAAAAGGAAUUUGAGUUGUUUAAGCAAUUACUGGGCGAGUUAAAUGAGAAGCAGCGCUCCGAUUACACACCUGCAGCAUUAUUCAUGUGUCUCUCAGGCCGAAAGUCCAACAUGGAGGAGGUUCAAGACGAGCUGAUGCACAGACUGACUCUGGGCCGCAGUGCUCAGAAGAAGUUCCAGGCUCCGUCUCGCUCCAGCAGCCUGCCGGCGGUCAACAUCACGUACGACUCCACGCCGGACGAGGUGAAAGCCUGGCUGCAGCUCAAAGGCUUCAGCGAAGUGACCAUCAACAGUCUGGGUGUGCUGACCGGUGCUCAGCUCUUCUCUCUGAACAAAGACGAGCUGAAGACCGUCUGUCCUGAUGACGGCGCUCGAGUCUACAGCCAGAUCAUCGUCCAGAAAGCCGCUCUCGAGAGGAGCUCCGGCUCGGAGCUGCAGGAGAUCAUGAGGAGGCGGCAGGAGAAGCUGGCGGUGGCGGCGAGCGAUUCCGGCGUGGAGUCCUUCGACGAGGGGAGCAACCACUGACCCCUCACUCACCUCUGUCACCUCUGACCUUUUACAGGACGCCGUGGAGCGCGCUCAGUUUGCCGCCAUAAUGCGCCGUCGUCAGGAACUCUUGGACCCGUCCGAUAACGUAACCGGAUCGGACGCGGACGAACGCGCGUGACGAGACGCGAGAGGCUUUUUGUAGACAUGUGAACGUUGCUGCGGCGUUCUCUGUAGGUUCCUGUGAGAACAUCAGAGCAGUAUGUAGUCUAGUGCCAUCGAGUUCUGCCUUCAUAGUCCAACAUCCUAAAAACAUUAACAUUUAUAUGCAAUCAUUUACUGCUCGGACAGAAAACCUGUGUAAAUACUCCCACACGAUUGGCUGGAUCUUGGACCAAAUAUUGAUUCGAUUAGCUAUUGUUCCUCACAGACACUUCUGACUAAUGACGUCUUGAAUUAUUCAUCAGCUGCUUUGAAUGUACCUGGAGAAUUAUGGGUAACAUUUUUUUUUUUACUAGCAAAAUAAUGUUUCUGUACAUGAUCGUUUUGUACUGAAUUGUACCGCCAAACGAGAAGAUUUAUAAACCUAAUGGAAAUGAAAUGUCAGUUUCUGUAGAUCUGACGCGAGUUUCACAAGAACAUUUGACAGAUUUUGGGCCAAAAUCCUCCUGCAGUCUGCAGAUGAUAUUGAUGAUGCCAUCAAACUUUCAGAAAUAUGACUCGUUGCAAGCGUUGAUUAUUUUCCUCUCUAUCCCAGUAACGUGACUGAUGUUUGGCCAAAUCAAUCUCUGGGUUCAAGGUUUCUGUUUAAACACAAAUGUCACGCAUUCAAUCUGUAAAUAUAAAGCGUGUGCAGAAUAAAUGGGAUCAUGUGA